GUUAUUAUUUAUCUAUAGUUAAGAACCGUUCUUGUGGAAUUUGUAAAUUAAAUAUACUAGUCUAUCACAACAUUUUUGGAAAUAGAAACGUUAAUGAAAUUAUAAAUAAACUAAUUAUUUUUAGACCGAUUAUGUACAUCCCUUCGUUAAGUAAAGUUUUGGGGUGCAUAUUUCUAAUUUAUGUCGCCCAUUCAAUGUGGACAAUCGGCCAGCUUUUUACUAGCCUACAUUGCUCAUCUCUGCCGUGUUAUCAAUCGUUUUUAGCAAAGAACCCAAAAAUGCAACUGGCACUGUUUACAUCAGUGACUAGCAAUCCAAUUGCCUCCGAGACUAAGAAAAUUUUGAACUUAAAGAACUUCAAUUAUUAUGCACCAUUUCAAAAGAACAUUCGAGUAACCAUUCCACAAAAGACGCGCAGAAAUGGGACUUUAUAUAUGCAAGUAGUGUUUGCUUUUGAUGGCCAACCAUUGGAGUGGAAAUCUUUGAAACGAGACGGACCUACUGUAAUCCACAGUAUAUCAUUGACAGAAUAUUUAUUUCCGAAAGUUGAAACAUAUAAUUUGCUGGGCAAACACGAGUCUCCAAUAAUCAACCCAUCGGACCAACAAGCAACACGUACCUUAUCGAAACAAGUUACCCACUUAAAAUCCAAGGUUUACAUUACAAUUCUCACAGACUUAAUUAGUCUAUCGCAUAACGACGCUCCACCUGAACUUGCCCACCUUAUUCGCGUCAAUCGCCAUGGUGAAAUACUGCCGAUUAUUAAAAAUGAUUUCUUCAACACACGCAUUAAAAAUUUGGUUCAUAUUGACAAACAUACAAGAGAAUUCGAUAUACUGUUAGAAUACACGCCAAUAGGAAUUGGAAAACUGCGUCUAAUGCUACUAAUUGAGCAUGCAACAAAAACUAUGCAUGCUUUAGGUUUUUCAACCAAAGAUGUAGACGAAAUUAAAGGAAUAUUUUCAGACACAAAUGUUUAUUUACUGUGCGGAACUUUACUUGUUGGAAGUAUGCACCUCCUUUUUGAUUUCCUAUCGUUCAAGAAUGAUGUAAUAUUCUGGCGUCGAAAAAAAUCAUAUGAAGGACUUUCUACAUGGGCCACACUCUGGAGAGCAUUUUCCCAAAUUAUCAUUUUUUUAUAUUUAAUGGAUGAAAACACGUCCCUUCUAGUUUUAGUUCCUUCUGGCAUCGGAGCCUCUAUUGAAAUGUGGAAAUGUAAAAAGAUACUUAAAUUGGAAAUCAAUUUGAAAGGAAUCAGGAAAAUAAGAACUAAUGUGAAUGGCACAGCAGAAAAGAAAACUGAACAUUUUGAUCGGGAAGCUAUGCAAUACUUAAGCUUUUUUCUUUAUCCACUUUGUCUAGCUGGAGCAAUAUACUCCUUGAUGUACCAACCACACAAAAGUUGGUACUCCUGGACAUUGAACUCUCUAGUAAAUGGUGUCUACGCAUUCGAUUUCUUGUUUAUGCUACCUCAGUUAUUUGUGAACUACAAACUGAAAUCGGUGGUUGCUUUACCCUGGCGUUCGUUCAUGUACAAAGCAUUCAACACCUUUAUUGACGAUCUGUUUGCUUUUAUAAUAAAUAUGCCGACAGCACAUCGUGUGGCCUGUUUCAGAGACGAUGUGAUAUUUUUGAUCUAUAUUUAUCAACGCUGGCUAUAUUCGGUAGACAAAACACGUCUAGAAAAUGGAUUAGAAGAUAAUGAGCCAAUUUUUAGAACCGCAGAAGAAGCAGUCAUUCCAACGAAGCAAAUAUUAUAUGACAAGAAAAAUAAUUGUUAACUUCUCAGUACUUAUAGUGUUGUGGUUUAAAACCUGCAAACCUGGAUUGCAAAUGGUGCUAUGACACAAUCAGCCCUAUUCUAAAUGAUAACUCCCGGGAUAAUGCGUUCGGAAGAAGGGCUCGCAAUUAAAAAGUUUAUGAAAAUGUU